GGAGUAACGACACAUUCUUUGUAAAGUUUCAUACAUUGUCAGCUAGAGUGAAGGGGCUGUCUAUUUCUUUUACCUUUCCAUGCUCAGACUAAGAUGUUGGAGACAGAGCAAACUGGGUCCUUUCAAAAUGAGACCUGCGACAGUGACAUUGAUAUGGACCUCUUUCUACACUUUUCCCUUAUCCCUGCACUUUUCAUCAUUGUGGUGCUGUCUUUUCUUCAGAGGAGAGUAAACAAAAUGGAAAUAGAUGAAAAAAUCACCUUUCUGACGGGACACUUUGGAAUAAUUGUGCCCUUAGAUUUUAUUGGCAGUCUCAGUAACCGAUGGUCCUAUGGUUUUGCAUUUGGGGCAGUGGCUUCAAGUGUCCUGAUACUUUUCUCUGAAAAGUAUGUACCAUUUGACGUUCCAUCAUGGGCCAAAGCUAUAGUUUCCCUGGUGGGUGCUCUGGAAGUGGGCGUUGCUUACUAUCCACUUUUCAUCUGCCUGUCAACAGACUUCAAAGUUGUCGGAGGAGUGUUUGGAAUUCUGUAUACACUAACACUGAUUUUUGUUUUACUUUGGAACAUAAUAAAAUGUCCCAAUGGCCCUAUUAUUGGCAAAUGCCAGAAAGUGAUUUUCAACUGGCCCUCUCUGAUAUGCCUAGUGUUCCUGCUAGUGCGAUUUAUUCACAUGCUGGUAAAGGCUAUCCGGGUCAAUCUGAGAUUAGAUACGGAAGAAGAACAAGAGCAAAUCCUUCAAACCCACCAGGCUCGUCAUGUCCAGAACUUAUUAAGGAAGCCCGCAGAACAAAAAUUGGAGAAGAAUUGGUUCCAAAGGAAGAUAUAUGACUGGGACCCUAAUUUCAAGUUCCCUAACAGAAUGAUUGGCACGUCUAUAAUUUCCUUAAUUUGCCUCUACAUUUUCACGCUUGCAGAAUACAGCGUCAGUGAUAUAGCAUUCAAAGAACUGGAUUUAUUUAAAGAGGCUCUGAAGGUGGUAGGUGAAUCUAGUAAUGACACAGGCAAUAUUUUGACACAAUCAAUCCCUCAAAUUGAAGAAUUUAACAAGGUUGCCAAAGGUACCUGGUUUGUUACAACAUUUCUUGCAUGUGCGACCUCUGUGACCUACAUUUUUCAUAUCUUAGCGUGCUAUAGGAAACAUUUAAUGAGGCUAUGGGCUGGACAGAAAGGGUUUCUGCCACAGAAGUUUCAUAACCCCAGCCCUGCUACAAGUGUGGCUGCCAUAGCAAGAUAUUCAGGUUGGCAGAUAGCUUACACUCUUUGGGGUUACCUCAUCCUUCACUUUGUCAUGUUCAUAUUUGGACUGUGCAUUGCAUAUGGAUGCAUUCUUCCCAUUCAAAAAGGACAUGGAUUGAAACUGUUAAAGGGGUUUGGAAUAAGCAUCCUAACUAUUGCCCUCCUAAUAGGAUUUGUGAUCAUUCAGAUUGUGAUUGCUCAAAUUUUCUUCCUUCAAGACAAGAUUUCACCUGAAGAUAAAGGGAAACCAUUGGCCCUGAAUAACAAGAAAGCAUUCCAGAACUUCAACUACUUUCUUUUAUUCUACAAUGCCAUCAUGGGUCUGGGUAACUGUAUUUUUCGGCUAAUAUGUAGCUUUGUUGUGGGAACAUGGCUGAUUUCUCGAAUAGACAGGACGAUAAUGCAGAGAGGAUAUGAAGGAGUAGAUCCAGGAUACGGCACAUGGAUCAGCAUGAUAUUUUUUGACCAUUACCACAAUAACCCUGUCAUACUUUGCUUUUGCCACCUUCUACUUGCUAAAAAGACUAUAACGCAAAGGAAGAAAUUUUCAUUGUACUCCCAGUUUAGUAACACUUCAGAAUCAGCAGUGAACAGCAAAGUCCGCUCCAGGUGGCUUUUGCUUUACACCCUCCUUAACAACCCCUGCUUGAUUCUUCUUCGGAAAAGAAAGACUUCUCCUUCCAACAGCCCGUCGUGCAGGAGGAGCUUGGACAAAUUGACAUUAACCUAUAGACUGGCCUCACGGUACAGGGGCAUGCCAGAGAAACCAACAGAGAGCUCACUGGUCAAUGGCAGUGUCUGUGCAUUUCUGCCCCAGGGACUCUGUGAAUCUAGAGCUGUCCCAAGAAGACGGGAAUCCUUGUAAUACAUCAGGACUGUGCUGUCGAUUGCUUGAACAGUGCUAUAAAAAGCUUUAUGUACGGACAGUUGGGACCUUAUCACAUAUUAGAAAUCACUGCGCUGCCUCAUAGACCUUCAAAGAAUGAUCAGUAGCCAUCUUGUUUACCGUUACAGUUACAUAACAAUACAAUCUAAUGACCAACUACAGUACCUGCAAAUAUGAAUGUCUUUCAAUCUGAAGAUACUGAACCACCAAAAUAAAAUCUCAAAAGUAGUAAGUAGACAUGCCGAUUUGGGGGAAGAACAAUUUGAUGAAUUGGAAUAUAGCAAACAGAACAUAAUGUGAAACAAAUUACAAACUGGGCAAUCGUGGUCUUUCAGGACUGACUAAACAUAAACUAAUUGAAAUAGAUUUAUCAACCAUAGAAAUAUACACUUAAACAAAAUACUAAUAAAUGCCAAGGGGGACGAAUAUAAUUUCAAGCUACAUUAGUCUCUGGGCUGCAAUAAACCGCUAUCUAAAUGAACACAGAAUUAGGAAAAUUAGGAAAAUCAGUAAAAUCAGAGAAAAUACCCAUUCACACAGCACAAAAUUGUGCAGUCUGUGCCGGUAUAAUACCGUCAUAACACUUUCACACAGCCAAAGGGAUCAUGUGAGUACAACUUUCAAACCUGUCAGUCAACAGAUUGUUUUCAUGGCAACGGAAACAAAACAAAUAAAUAAAUAAGGAGAAUAAUGUGGGUAAGCUACUUUAAAAAAGAAAAAAAAAAACAGUUAUAUGUUGUAUCAAUUUCUUAUCUUUUAAUGAAUGGUGCUGCAGAACUGUAGUGUACUGUAAACUUCCCUGUGCUUGCUUUGUCCUCUCUAUUAAUAACAUAUAUGUAUAUUUGUGAAUAAUUGAAAUAAAGAUAUUUAAGUGUGGA